AUGGCUGACAAUAAGUCCGUCGCCAAACACGAUCAUAACGUCGAAGAGGAAGAUGAACAGGAGGAGGAGGAUGAUACACCGCUGAACGAUGAAACCCAAGCCGAUGAAGAGAUGGACGAGGAAAAUGAGGAGGAAGAUGAGAGCGAAGAAGACGAGGAUGAAGAGGAGGCAUCCGGUGAAGAGGAAUCCCAGGAAGACGAAGGAUCGAAGGCCGGAAGCGGGGGAGAAGAUGACGAAGAGGAAGAAAGCGACGGCGAAGAACCUCCUCCAGUUGAAUAUAAUGUGAACAGCCGACCAAAGAGGUCAACUGCCGGCAACAAAAUGGCCAUAUUGAUGUCACAAAGCAAAGAGGAGCAGGAGAACGACCCGUUCUAUACCGAGGCUUUUCAUGGCGGUUUUCGAGAGGAUGACGUCGAAGAAACCUUCAACUCGCCUCGAUCCUCCGUUGCCGGCGACGAGAGUGACGAGGUCGACUCCGAUUUUGACGACCCAGAGCAAGAGGAAGAAAUUGAGGUUAUGCCAAUGGAGGACGAAUGGGAUCCGAUCCGAAUACGGAAGCGGAAGCUGACGACGGGGGAGGUCGAGGAAUUCAGCCCUGAAGAAUUGUUUGCGAAGAUUAAGGAGCUUGGCGAGAGAAUCAGUCAGCCAUACAUACGACCCGAGCCGACGCCAGAGGAGGAAAAAGAACAAAUCAGGCGGAUGGCGGAGGCAAUGGAGACUGAAAAGACGAACAUACAACGUAUGAAUUGGUUCGCCGAUCUCGAGGUGGAAAGGAAGAAGCGGCGUCGAGAGGCGAUCCUGAGGAAUCCGCUUGUCGGCCCGUAUAUAAAGACGAUCAGCGACGAGAAAGGGUACCGGAUCAUCGUACCGGAAGUGCACAGGUGGGAACCGGCUGCCCCGGUCGUCAAAGUCGUUUGCGCAUAUUCCGGAAAGCCAGCGAAGUACAAAGACCCGGUGACCGACUGUGGCUUCAGCAGCCUACGCGCCUUCCGCGCCAUCCGUAGUGAUUACAUCGGGAAGCUGCUCCAGCACAAGAAAGAUCCGAUCGUCAGCAAAUUUUUCGAGGAGCACGAGGUGGUGGAGGAGGUGAUGCCUCCGAGCAGCGACGAUGAGGAGGAUGGGGAGGACGAGGAGGAAGAGAUUGACAUCGAAGGGGAGGAGGCCAACGAGACGACCACUUCACAAGAACAUUCUCGCAAAGAGCAAUCGUGCCCCGCAAAUUUUCCCACGAUCGUUCAAAGUGUGAGCAACAGCUCGUUGAACGAUCGCGAGGAGAUGGGCUGCACAGUCACCACGGAACACCGUCGCGAAGAAGCUGCUGCUGAAGCGAAUACGCAUCUUUUGGUCGAGUCCUCACGUCUUCACGUGUCUUCUAGCGCUUGUCAAUUGGUGCCAACGCCGCUUUUAAGCCGAGGCCCCAGCCCAUGUCUCUCCGAAGUGGGCACUAGCUGCCAGCCGCCCGAGCACACGAUCCAUCCAACGAUCGCCGUAGAGGAAGAGCUUGAAAAGAAGGAAAAGGAGCUGCACAUCGCCGAGCCGCAAUACGCGCAUCGGUGCGUCGACCUGGACGUGACACUAGAUGACGAUAAUGGGAAUGGGGCCUCGCUCCAACUACCCUCAACCAGCGACGGGGAGGCGAGCGCAAUCCUCGAAGCCUCCGUCGGCUUACUCGAAAAGUCUUUACGUAUAAGUGAUGCUAAGGUCACGCAACUCGAGCGUCUUGUACAGCUACAGCAGCAAGAUAUCGAGUCCCUACGCUUUGAGAUAAAAUGGAAAGAUGACCGGAUUAACAAUUUGCAGAAAGAACUUGCCAAGCUUGAAUACCUCCGCCCAAAACCUGCCAGCCCUGCCGGCGACGAAAGCCAAGAUGAA